AAACGGAGAUACAGGAGACACCUCGCGGAGACGACACGGCAGAUUUCCCCCCUCUCUUGGUCCUCAAACUCUCAGGUUCAGCUACCAACAUGGUGUUACUCUGUAAGACGGAGAUGUUGUGCCUCGGGCUAGUCAUGUUCUGUGGUCUGUGUAACAGUCACGCGUUAGAUUCGGAGAGAAAACAGAGAUUGCCAUUGCCAGGGGCGACGGACACAGAACCACUGCCUGCUGCCCGUCAUCUUUUGACGUUUGAGGUAUCGCCACUUGAAAGACUAGAAGGUUUGAUGCUACGUGGCGGCCGGCACAGGAGGAGCACUCUGAUUGAAUUUACGGUGCCUCUGGCUAUAAGGAUUACAGGCAGAGGAACUAUAACCGUUGACAUCAAUGCAAUUAAUUUGGAUGACGGUAGCGAGUUGAUAUUCCGAAUCGACACAGCCAGAACAAACAUUAACGGAACGGCGACCUUACAGCCCAAAACCUGCGACUCUAGUACCAACUCAGGCUGCGUAUCGCUGAGCUAUAAAACCGCGUCUGGCUCAUUAACUGGCACAGAUCGUAUCUAUAUUAUUGUGGAGGACAAAGAUAAACCAUCCAACUACGUUGAAGCGGUAUUCAUGGUAGAGACAACGAACCCCGGUGGCGUGUUGGGAUCCACGUAUGUCGGGGAAGUGCCGUACAACCCGGCUGACGAGGGUCAGAACUGGCAGAUAGCGGCUGCGCUGUUAGCGGCGAGUGUGUUCAUCCUCAUCUGCGCCAUCAUCAACAUCUGGUGCUGCAUGGAGUUCGACAGGAAACCCGAGGAAGAGCCGCAGCAGGAGAUGAAGGAGGCCCCGCGGCGGAUGACGUCCUCGUACAACCCGCACUACCGGCAGCGGUACGACAGCAUCUGGAGGCGGGAGGCGGUGAGGGACGGCCGGGCGGACGGCAGCCUCACGCCCAUGCCGUACUACGGGGAGCGGAGGAACUCCACGCGACUCACCGCCUUCGUAGAUCCAGAGUCGGAGAGACGGACCCCGCAGCCGUCCGUUGUUCAGGGCUCCUUCUACAGCCCGAGCAAGCGCGGCUCCACAGCCGGGACCAUGUACGACCGGCGGACCUCCACCGCCAUCCCGCAGCCUCAGGUCAUGACCAUCAACUACGACCCCAUCCCUGAGGACGACUCGCCAGGCUACACCCCGCCACCUAUAACGUCCCGGUCGGUUCGGACGAGUUGGACAGGCCAACAAAACCACGAAGCGAUCAACUCUCCCGUCGGCAGACCAAGGUCCAACAGCCUGUCCCCCAACGGGAGAAGACACAGAAGGGUCAGUGCCCUCUCGGCCGACAUCGAAGCCUUCAAGAAGGUCCCCUGGGAUCAAAUUUCAACCGGCAGGUCGUCUCUAACAAGCGGCUAUGUCUGACGUAUCUAAUGUCGUAUAUAAUGUAUA